AUGGCGACAAUAAUUAAAACCAAGUCAAUUCCAGUGGCCUUCUCCGAAAGGUUCUUCGAUGGCGGGGAAAUGGCGGGCGAAACUGCUGCCGUGCUGAGAAGCCCUGGCGGGAAAUCGUACCAGGUGAAGAUCAGUGGUGGCAGAGAGUUCAGUGAUGCGGGUUGGAAGGCGUUCGCUGCGGACCACAGCUUGCAUGUGGGCGAUUUCGUGGUGUUCAGACAUGAUGCACGUAUGGUGUUCGACGUAAUGAUCUUCGACCCGAGUGCUUGUGAAAGAGUGUACCCUUCUUCUUCUCCGUCGUCGUCUCUUCCGUUCCUCGUCCCUGUCAAGCCAGAGCGUGAAACAAUUCCGGUCGAUGAUGAUGAACAACCCGAAACUGAACUAGAUAGCAGAACAACGGAUGAGAGUGGUGAUGAUAAAGUGCAGGAAACUUCAACGGUGAAAGCUGCUGCUGGGUCCGUGCCGAAAGGCCCUUUCUUUGUGGUCACUAUCGGGAGGAACACCCUGAAAAAGAACAGGCUGCCCAUUCCCAAAGAAUUUACGAUGAAGAAUAACCUGGAAUCUCGUCGUCUUGCUAUGGUUUUGAAUGAAGAGGGAAAUUCAUGGCCUGCACAUUUGAUCAUCACCAACAGGCUUGCCUAUCCUAAAUACAGACCCCAAGUAGUUCUUGGACGAGGUAUCGGUCAAUUCCUGGAAGACAACGGGCUGCAGCUGGGAGAUACUUUCUACUUGGAACUUGUUCAAGGUGGAGAGAAUCCUGUAUUCAGAAUGUCUGGGUUGCAUUCCGAUCCUGAGGCCAUGAAAAGGGAGCUAGAAAAAGUGAGGAAGAAGAUCAAACUAACGGAGGUAAAGGAGGAGCAAAUUCCUUCUGGGUCAUCCACAGCCAUGCAAAACCAUUUCCUCAUCAAGUUAACCAACCGCUACUUCGACGGAUAUGCACUGCAUAUCCCAAAGGAGUUUGCCCUAAAUAAUGGUUUGAUUGGUUUAAAAUGUGUAAUGAUCCUACGAAAUGAAGAAGGAAGUCCCUAUCCCGUGAAGUUAAGGAGUAGCAAGGCCGGUAGACCUUUCAUCGGAACUGGCUGGUACGACCUAGUAAGAGCAAAUCGCCUAAGAAUGGGAGAUGUCUUGAGGUUUGAACUCGUUGAAACUGGAAUGAACCCUGUUAUGACGUUUAAGUCGAUGCCAGAAGCCUUUUACAAAAACUACUUCAACGGAGGGAAGAAGAAACGUGGUGCUGACCAGGCCGUCGUUCUAAGAACCCGCCGCGGGAAGUUCCACGCGGUGAGAGUGAGUGGCAGAGCAUUCAAAGAUGGCUGGAAGGAAUUCGUGGAGGAGCACGAUUUGCACGUGGGAGAUUUCCUGGUGUUUAGGCUCGACGGCGAGAUGGAGUUUCAUGUAAUGGUGUUCGACCCAACUGUCUGUGAGAGGCAGUACCAGCAGGUCUCCUCUGUUUCAGCGAAACAGAACCAAAUUCCUGCAGCAGCUGGAAACGUCUUUGUGGAAAUAGAGGUUGAAGAAACUCAAAUUCCUGCCGUUGAAGAGACCAAAGAUGACGGUUUUCAUUUUAGAACACCCAGAGAGGAAAAUAUUGGAGAUAAGGCAAGCAUUGGAGCAGAGAAAGCUGGGACUGCUUUCCCAAACAGUCCCUUCUUUGAGUUCACUGCAGGGACCAACACUUUAAGCAAUCAUAGAUAUAUCCCGAUGAAGUUUGCGAGGGAAAAUGGUCUGGCGGGUAAGUCUUUUGAGACCAUUGUUAUGGAUGAGGAAGGAAGGCCAUGGCCAGCUAGGUAUCUUAGCUACCCGAACGCCACUAAUUUAGUUCAUAUCGGGGAUCGUUGGAGGGAAUUCCAGAAGAAAAAUGGCUUAGAGAUGGGUGAUAGUCUCAAAUUUGAGCUUGUUCAAGGCUUGAUGAAGCCCGUCUUCAGAAUGUCUGCUUUUGAUCUCUUCCCCAUUGGCAUCGUGGAAGGUUUUGGGAUGAGGAGGAUGGAGAAGGAGGUAAAGAUGGAGCUAGUUCAUGAAGGAUCAAUAGCAGCUGCUCCUGCAGUGUCUUCAAGAGAUAAUGUGAAUACUGAAGUUGUUCAAGAAGUACUGAAUCCUGCCUACAAAGUGUCUGAUCCAAAGGAUACUGAUGAGAUUCUGAAGGUGAAGCAAGAGCCGGUUCAUGAAGAAUCAGCAUCUUCAAAAGAUGGCAGUUCAUAUCCUACAAUCAAUUUACCAGGAGCUUUUGACUUCUCCCCGUUGAAUUUGCCAAAAGGUUUUGGUAUGAGGAGGAUGGAGAAGGACAUAAAUAAGGAGCCGGUUCUUGAAGAGUUACCAGCUGCUGCUGGAGUGUCGUCAAGCGAUAGUGUGAAUGUUGAAGUUGUUCAAGAUGGACAGAAGCCUGCCUUCAAAGUGCCUGAUCCAAUUCGUAAGAUGGACACGAAGAUUAUGGAGAAGGAGGUAAAGGAGCCAGUUCAUAAAGAAUCGGCAUCAGCUGAAUCUUCCAAAGAUGGGAAUUCAUAUUUUACAGUCAAAUUAACAGAAGGUUACUUGAAAGGAGGCUUUCUGAAUUUACCUCAGGAGUUUGCCAUAAAGAAUGGCUUACAUGGGAUAUCAGUUAGCAUGCUCCUUGCCAACGCUGUGGGAGCUCCCUUUCUUGUAUCGUUGAAGACAACCCAAGCUGGUAGACCUUACAUUGGAAGUGGAUGGAGGGACGUGGUGGCGGCCAACCAACUUAGAAUGGGAGAUGUCGUGAGGUUUGAACUCGUCGAAUCAGGAUCGAACCCUGUCAUGAAUUUCAAGUCGAUUCCAGUUGGAUUUGGCAAGUACUUAGAAGGAAGGGAAGUGGAUGAAGAGAAUGCUGUGCUGAGAAGCCCUGGUGGGAGAAUCUACAGAGUGAAGAUGGGAAAAGGAAGAGAGUUCAAAGAUGGGUGGAAGGAAUUUGUUCAUGACCAUAAUUUGCAUGUGGGUGAUGCAGUGGUGUUUAGGCUUGUUGAUGCCCCCACGGUGUUUGAUGUCCUGGUUUUUGAUUCAAGUGCAUGUGAGAAGCCUUACUUUCUCGAAAAAGGUGUUGUGAAGACAGAGGAAGUUCAAGAAGAAGCAGAAGAAAAAAGACCACUGCCAGUUGCUGCUGAUGUACCAGAACCUGCAUCAGGACUUCAUAAUAGAACACCAAUGGAGAAGAUUGCAGUUGGGAAAGAUGGUCCUUCUGAGCCUAAGAACCCCUACUUUAUGGUAUCCAUACAGCCUGACAAUCUCAAAAAGGGCAGACUGCGUUUACCUGGGAACUUUGCCAAGAUGAAUGGGCUGAAUGUUACCAACACUGAGGCGGUUGUUCUGAACGAAGAGGGUAGAUCGUGGCCGGUAAGGAUUAACUGCUACUGUAAACCCUACUUCAGUGCUUACAUCAUGAGAGGUUGGAGAGUUUUCCAGAUGGAAAAUGAGCUGCAGCUAGGUGACACCUUCAAUCUUGAACUUGUUCAAGGUGGUCAGAAGCCAGUCCUGAAAAUGUCAGGACUGCAUGCAAAUCGAAUGCUCGGAAAGGUGUACAGGGAGAAGGUAAGAAAGGAGUCAGGAAAGAUUGCAGAGGAGGGUAAGACGGAGCCAAUUCAUGAUCAAGACUCACCAGCUCCAGGGUUUUCAGAGAUGGCAGAUGCCCAUUUCAUGCUUACUGUAUCUAGCCGUUUUCUUGGAGGAAUUUCCCUGAGGAUCCCGGAAGAGUUAGCCCGGCACAGCGGUCUAUAUGGCCUAUCUCGGACUCUAGUCCUCAGGAAUGAGAAUGGAGGUGAUUGGCAGGUGAUGGUGACAAGCAGCAACGGCAUUACUUACAUUGCAAGUGGAUGGACCCAACUGGUGAAGGAGAAUGGGCUCAGCAUUGGAGAUUGCCUGAGGGUGCAACUCCUUGAAAGAGGAAUGAACCCUGUCAUGACUUUCAAGUCGAUUCCAGUAGGGUUUGACAACAAGUACCUAAAGGUAAGGGAAGUGGGCGAGGAAGAUGCUGUUCUGAGAAGCCCCGGUGGGGAAAUUUACAGAGUGAAGAUGGGGAAAGGAAGAGAAUUCGAAGACGGGUGGAAGGAAUUUGUUGACGACCAUGAUUUGCAUGUGGGUGAUGUGGUGGUUUUUAGACUUGUUGAUGCUCCCCUGGUGUUCGAUGUGAUGAUCUUUGACCCGAAUGCCUGUGAGAGGCCAUACCGCCGCCAACAACUUGAUGCCAAAACAGAGGACGUGCAAGAAGAAGAAGAAGAAGAAGAAGAAAAGCCAUUGCCUUGUGCUGCUGAUGUACCAGAACCUGAAACAGGGCUCCAUAGUAGGUCAGUGGAUAAUAUUUCAGGAACAUCAAGGGAGAAGAUUGUGAGAGAUGGCCCUUCUGAGGCUAAGAAACCCUACUUUGUGGUAUCAAUAAAGCUUGACAGUCUAAAAAGGGGCAGAGUGAUUGUACCUAAGUCAUUUUCGAAGAUGAAUGGCCUGGAUGCUGCGCACACUACUGAUGCGGUUGUGUUGGACGAAGAGGGUAGAUCGUGGCCAGUAGGGAUUAAUUACUACGGUAACUCCACUCGCACUACUUACAUCGAACGAGGUUGGAAAGUUAUCCAGAAGGAAUAUGAACUGAAGCUGGGUGACACCUUCAAUCUUGAACUUGUUCAAGGCGGUCAGAAGCUCGCCCUUAGAAUGUCCGGUGGGUUCUUACUUCUUACCACUUUGUCCAUGAUAACUGAGAUUGAGCCUUGGCUGAUUCCUAAUGUAUGGUGUGAAGGGCUGCAUGCUAAUCCAAAGCUGGAAAGGGAGUACAGAGACAAGGCACGAAAGGAGAAAAGGAAGAAUGUGAAGGAUGUUAAGACAGAGCCUUUCCGUGAUCAAGACUCACCGGCUGCAGGGUUUUCGAAGAUGCCGGAUUCGCAUUUCAUGCUUACUAUAACCAACCAGUUUCUACGAGGAGUUUCCUUGAGAAUUCCAGGUGAUUUAGCUCGGUGCAGUGGUCUGUAUGGCGGGUCACGGACUCUCAUCCUAACAAAUGAGAAAGGAGGUGAUUGGCUGGUGACGGUGGAGACGAGCGCGAACAACAUUACUUACAUUGCAAGCGGCUGGACCGAACUUGUGAAGGAGAAUGGCCUACAUGUCGGAGAUACGCUCAGGGUAGAUCUCGUCGAAAGAGGAAUGAACCCUGCCAUGACUUUCAAGUUCAGCAGAAAGAUUCUGGUGAUACCUAAGAUCAAGAACAAGAAUAUGCCCCUCGAACUUGACAACUUUAUAUGCGUGGUAGGAGUAGAAACAAGAGCAAAGGAAGCAUUCUCUGCACAAAAGAAGCUUGCGUCUAGCAAGACAUGUUCAAACUCCCACCAACAGUAA